AUGCCCGGCGGGGAAGAGACUGCAGGUGCCCCGACGAACGCUGAGAGCUACGGGAGCUACAUUCCUUAUACCAAGUACGGGAAAUACCCGAGCUAUGGCGCGGAGGUGGAGGCAGCGGCCGCGAAGAUGGCGAAGCGCCAGUCGCACAACUGGUAUGGCAAGUACAACCCCUACGAAAAAUACAGCAAGUACCCGACGUACGUUGGCUACCCGGCUGCGGAGGCGGAAGCUGCGAAGCCGCGCGAUGCCUAG